GUCAACAAUGCACUUAAGACACGUCUGCAAAGGCCUUCUCGACUUCACAUAAAAACCGACGCCGAGCCUUGUCUGUCACUCUCAUCGGUCAUCCUCACCAACCCUUCAGAGCCGGGACGAUGGGUCGCCUUCACUGAAUCCGGACCUCCACCAAAAGGAAAAGCUGCAUCGGGCAACCGUGUGUUCGGACUUCGAGACGACCCCGCGACUGCCGGCCACUUUUAGUGACGGACUCGAGAAGACUCCGAGACGUCAAUGCGGUUCCUUUCAGUGCUCCCGGUGGCUGCGCUGUUCGUGGUAUGGGCAGGAACCAAAACGGGCUUCUGCGUCACCCUUUGUCCAUCUCACUGUAGUGCGACGCGGGUCAUCUAUGUGAACAACAAUGUCGUUACCACCGAGGAAGGGCCUCGAGCUAAGGCUGUCGCCGAAAUCACUCUCGCACUGCAGAAGGCUAAACCAAACGGGAAAAAGACGAAAAUAAAGAUUGGGCUUAAGUGGGUCCUAGUGCCGGUUACCGUAACAAAACAAGUACAGGACGCUGUCAAGAAGUUCCCGGAGCUGAAGAACAUUGUGGUGAGUAUUCUGAUCUCGAAGGUGAAGCCUUCGAGAGAGCAGCAAACUCCGAAACCUAAGACAACUCCGAAGCCAAAGCAAACUUCGAAACCAAAGACAACUCCGAAACCAAAGACAACUCUGAAGCCAAAGCAAACUGCGAAACCAAAGGCAACUCCGAAACCAAAGACAACUCCGAAGCCAAAGCAAACUUCGAAACCAAAGGCAACUCCGAAACCAAAGACAACUCCGAAGCCAAAGCAAACUUCGAAACCAAAGGCAACUCCGAAACCAAAGACAACUCCGAAGCCAAAGCAAACUUCGAAACCAAGGGCAACUCCGAACCCAAAGCAAACUCCGAAGCCGAAGCCACCCCCUGUCAUUCCACACAGACCGCCAUAUUCAGAGGUUGCGCUCGAAGACGUCGAUCAUCCGGUUGUCGUGCCGCCCACUCCGAGUACCGUCGCACCCGAAACACGCGCAGCUAUCGAGUUGCUGCUCAACUUUCCCAACCACAGGCCCACCAUAUUCGUAUAUUUAGUGAAAAUCGGUGCCAAGUUCCCGGACACCACUCAACCGAUAACCGGAGUCACGGUUAACGGUACGUUUGUCAAGUUUCCAAAGCCGUUCAAGCUAAGCUACACGAUUAACGUCAACGAUAAGAAGUUCGAUCUACCGAGGGACUCGAAACAGCUCGCGGUUUACGUACAGACACACCAGCAUGUUCUUACCGUGACGGUUCAAAUAUUGCACCAGCUUGGAGCCGAGUUCAACGUGGAUGGUGGGGGCAAGAUCAGCAGUUUCGUGAUUUUCGGCAAGACACAGAAAUUCUCGAAUCCAGUGGGUAAUUCAGUCUUCGUGCAAGGAAAAAUGUACUACCUUCCCAAAGAUAUCAAGGUGCUCCUCAAGACCUUGAGAAACAACCCAGCCGAGUUUUUCAAGGUUAAGUUCCUCCUGAUAGCGUACGGCGUACGUAUCACCAAGUCCUCCGGAGGAAGCGUGAUGCGCGCUGUUUACGGCGGAGAUUCGUACGACAUCAGUGUAAAGAAGCCCGUGCGCAUUACACUAGGAGAAAAAUCGUACGACAUUCCGGCUGAUCUAGAGGCAAUAUUCAGGUCCCCGGAAGGACUACAAGUCGGCGUAGUCCUGCAAGCCUUGCAGCGGGCUAACGUACCACUGAAUAUAGACAAAAACACCGGUAGCGUUACGGGCAUAGUCGUGAGUGGCGUUUUCGUACCGUUCCCAGUCACAGUCGAUUUACGACUCAAGCUGUACGGAAAGCAGUAUGUCAUACCACGUGAUUUGGGGAAGAUAGUAGCCCUGCUGGAGAAGAAAAAUAUGCCCAGCCUCGUGCUGUCGAUCCUGUAUACCCGCUACGGUGUCGUGCCCGUGCUCAACGCUGACAAUGUGGUAGUCGCGCUGUCGUUUGGUAAGAUGAGGUUCCCUGUGAAAGCACGGCCGCUGACCGUCCUCAUGAUUGCCGGCGUGAAACUUUUGUUGCCGAGGGAUGCUGACAAAAUAUACGAUUUGUUGUCCACCAAGAAGGUCUCCCCGAUGCAAUUAUUACAGGCGCUGCAGUUGGUGGGCUACACUUUCGUACCGGGACCUGAUGGAAAGCUUUCAAUUAUACAGAAAGGUGCUGAACAAAUACAACUCAAUUUCUCUCUGGACAUGUAUGUUAAAUACAACGAUAAAAUAUACUUGAUGCCCAACGACCUCCCACUUCUGGUGGACGUCAUCACUAAACUUUCGGGGCCACAUCUCACGAGUGUAAUGGACAGCCUGAACCAAUAUGGCGUGGUCAUUGCCAUUAAGGGAGCCAAAGUGGUCGUCUUGUUUAACGGAAUUAAGUACGAGACGGAACUUAAGUCAAGUCAGGGUGCCAACAUGGGACUCGUUGUGCACAUGGGCAACAAGACCUUCAGCAUUCCAAAAAAUCUCAAGGCCAUUGUGUCGUACGUCAACGGCAAGGGAGCCACCGCCAUUCAGCUACUCGUCCAACUAUUCAAGGCGCAUGGAGUAAAGGUCAACCGCUCUUCCAAGGGUCUUAUCAUUUCCAUCGUCAUGGAUGGAAAAACGUACGAAGUCAGCGGACAAGGAGGAAACGAGCCAGACGGGCAAGUAAGAGUAACUAUCCGCGGAAGGAAGUUCUGGAUACCCAAGGAAAUGAACAGGCUGAAGGAUUUGUUCACAAACUUUCAUUACGCUGAGCUCCUCGUUGCAUUGAUACGAAUGGGCGCUAGAAUGUUAUGGGACGACGCAAGCUACUUCUACGCCUUCCGUUACAAGGGUCGCAUGUAUCACUUCACUACGAAGUUCCCUGUGGCCGUGAAGGUUGACAGGACAGGAGUAAAAUACCGCGUACCGUUAGAUCUGGAGACGUUGGCUAAGACACUGUCCAAGGGACGCUGGGUGUGGCACGACGUGAUCAGAACGCUCACUGCUGCUGGUCUGACUGUGACAGAAGUCAACGACGAAAUCAAAAGCUUCUCCUUCCAGGGGAAGACAUACAAGGUCAGGUAGAUCAGCUACGGCGUUUGUCUGACCUCCUUUUUACAGCGUGUUUUUUACGAGCCGUACGCUAUAGCACUGUUGCUGAACAUGGUUCUCUUGCACAUUCGUCCAAUAAACAGUCCCGUAUA